UUAUUCAAAGCCUCGUAUUACUUACAAAAUUUGCUCUUAUAAAAAAACAUGCAGUAGCAUUUUUGAAGUUUACAAGUACAGAUUUUUCUCCAUAUUCACCAUCAGGGUACCCUAAAAGUUUACUUUAUGUUUACAUUAUUUUCAUUCUCAUUCGAUUUUAACUAGCUGAAAGCUACUUCUAUAGAUUCAUCCGACAAUAAAUACGGUAGUUUAAAAAGACUUUUUCUCUUGUGCCAAAAGCCUUCUUCUUUACAGUGUUUUGACAAAAGGGAAGAAUUAACUUAUUUUAGCACCAAGUGUUAAAAACAAAUUAGUCGACAAAGGAAAAGGGGUCAAUCUAAGAAGAAAGUAAGAUAUUAAAAACAGAAUAAUUUAUUUAAAAUAGAAAAAAAUAGAAAGGUAGAUCGUAGGUCGGGAUGAUUGAAAGAAGUACUGGACGAAUAUUUAGAUAGAAUUUGGAAGUCAAACAAUUUGCCCUUAAAAGGCAGAAAUGAAGUAAAAAAAUUGUAUGAAUAAAAGAGGUGCUAUUAUUAAUUGUUAACUAAUUAAUCCUUCUUUUUAUUCAGCUUUCGAAAGUGUAUAUUAGAAAGUCUCAAUAUGUGUUUAUUUGUUAUUUGAUUAGAAAUACUUUCGGUACAUAUUUACUUUUUUAAUUGUCAUCAUAUUGCUUACACAGGAAGCCUGUUUCGUGUUAAAAAAAUUCACUUUAAACAAGAUGUAUAAAUUCUUUUUCAUAAUCACGACUUAUUUACAAAUGAUUUUUGGGAUACGAAAUACUCAUUUUUAUUUGAAAGAAACUGCAGUCUAAGCGGUGAAAAAUCGCUUCCUAGAUGAAGUAAAUGUAUCUUUAAAGAAAGUCAUUUUACAGAACCAUCUGGAGCAAACUCCUGUUUCACAAAGAUUCUUUUACACCUAGCAAGCACCUACAGAAAUAAAGAGAAAUAGCACUUCAAACACAUGCGGUAAACGCAGUUGUCAUUGACACUACAUUGCGCCAUACAUUACAAAUAUGAACGAUACUUCAAUGACAUACAAUGCUAGAAGCAAAUAUACAGUUAAGAUAACCAUGAUCAUAGCAUACUGCUUCAUAUUUUUUCUUGGAACUAUUGGAAAUGCUACAGUCGUCUACAUUGUUGCAAAAAGUCCACGCAAGAGGACCAUGUCAGAUACACUGCUGCUGUCACUGUCUGUAAUUGAUCUUCUCGGCUCCAUUAAUGUACCGUUUAUUAUGAUUUACGAUCUACUUUACGCACAAUGGUAUCUUGGCUCAGUUUUAUGCAAGAUUAUACCUUCCAUGAACACGUUCACGUUAUGCGGUUCUGCGUGGUCAUUGGCAUUCAUAGCAUUGGAUCGGUUAAGAAUUAUCAUUUUUCCAUUCAAUGCAAGAGUUUCGCCAACCAAAAAAGUUGCUACAGUGAUAUUAAUAUGGUUAAUAGCUAUCGCGGUUACUUUUCCAUACGCAAAUAACCACGUUGCUGAUGAAACUGGGUGCUGGGCUCGCUAUGAUUCUCUCAACAAUCAGUACGUUUAUGUGGCCAUCUUUUGCAUCGUAACCUGUGUUAUUCCAACGAUAAUAAUGACAGUUUCGUAUGUAAUAUCCAUUUUAAAAUUGAAGGAAACGGUCAAAGUACAAACAACCAGAAAGGCAUCUGCAGUACGAAAAGAACAAAGCCAAAGACUUACCAAAAUGUUCGCUUUAAUUGUUGCUGUCUUCGUUGUAUUAACAACGCCAUAUUUGAACUUCCUCUUUAUCUUUAUGCAUUACGCUACGCAUCGCCCUAAAACGUUCAUGGAACAUAGGGUGUUAUUUUAUGCAUUAAACUACGCCCUGUUCACAUUUGCAGCUUUUAACUCUUGCGUAAACUGUGUAAUUUAUGCUAAGAUGCAGAGUGGAGUAAGGGCUUUUUUGAAUUGCUUGAGAGGACGAAUAAGACGGAGAAUUGUACAAGAAAAAACAUCAAUUUCGAGAAAAAGUAAUAUAUGCAUUGUCGGCAAACAGUAACGAUGAAAACUUAGAGAAUGGUGUUUUAUCGGCGUGUUCAGCGUAUGUUCUUGCAUCAAAUUGUCUCAGAGUCCACUUUUAUUUGCCAAUAUUUGAAAUCAGUUUGGAAAGAAUGUAUACUAAAAAAAAUUGUAAAAUAUUUUUUUUGUCUUCUUGCAGUACUUUUUGUACACAAACAAAAGAGUUUUAAUGUUUCCAAAUGUUAUCUGACUAAAAUUUGGAGGAGAUAUUGCGAUAAAAUAUAUGUUUUUUAAGGACAAGGAGAGGGGACGAACAGCCACAGAUACGCGGGUUGCGGAUUGUAAAUUUAUUACAAUUGUGAAAGAUCAGAUCUGAAAU